GGCUGUGAUCUUAAACUAAAUUAAACAUACUAAAUUAAACCGUGGCUUGCAUGAAAUCCGUGCUGUAAAUAAUAUUAUGUGUGCGAGCAGCGGCAACUGCCAUCGAAACGGCGUCUUCUACCAAUAGUGUUAAUAAAGUGAAAGUCCACAUUCAGUUCUUGUAAUUGUCCGUGUAUGCGUGUUGUAAACCUACCAAAAAUAGCAAUAAACAAUAACAAUGCAGCCGCAUAACUGACGUCAUAAGAGAGGCAGGAAGCGAGAGAGAGCGUGCGCGUGUGUGAACAACUGUAAACCUCAACCGGCAAAACCUCAAAAACCGAACAGCUGUGUGCCUCCAGAACAAAAUCAAAAAGCAACAACAACGAUUACAAUACCGCAAUAAGCAAUAAAAUAAUCACAAAAAACAAAACAAAAACAAAAACUCAUUUGUUAAAAUGUAUCGCAUCGGUCCAAUUGGACGGAAAUCAAACUUCCAUUCGCGAGAGAAAUGUCUGAUUGGCCUUGUCUUGGUCACCCUGUGCUUCCUUUGCUUUGGCGGCAUUUUUCUGCUGCCGGAUAACUUUGGUGGCGAUCGUGUCCUCCGCGUCUACAAGCACUUCCAGAAGGCCGGCCCAGAGAUAUUUAUACCCGCCCCACCACUCGCCGCCCAUGCGCCACGCAACGAGGAUCCCCACUUUAUGGGCGACCGCCAACGGCUAGAGCAGAAAAUUCGAGCAGAAUUGGGCGACAUCCUGGAUGAGCCACCGGCAGCACAGGCCGCUGCAGCGGGUGAAGCGGGAGCAUUUGGCGCAGAUGCAGCCAAUGUUCAGGCCCCAGCUCCCGCUGCUGCGCUCGAUGAGCAACUGGAACAGGAGCGGGCAGAGGCAGAGGAUGCCCGCCAUGUGGCCGUGCCCGUGCUGGCGGCUCCAGCACAGGGCGACUCCGGCACAGUUUCCACUCACAACAAUCCCGCGCAGCAAAUCAUCCAAUUGCCCAUGGGAGGGGGAGGAAAUGAAGAGGCGCCGGACACUCUGGACGCCACCCUGGAGGAACGACGUCAGAAAAUUAAAGAGAUGAUGGAGCAUGCCUGGCGCAACUAUAAGCUGUAUGCUUGGGGCAAGAACGAGCUGCGUCCGCUGUCGCAGCGUCCGCAUUCGGGCAGCAUAUUUGGAUCCUAUGAUCUGGGUGCAACAAUUGUCGAUGGCCUGGACACGCUGUACAUUAUGGGGCUGGAGAACGAGUAUCGGGAGGGUCGUGACUGGAUUGAGCGUAAAUUCACGCUGGACAACAUCAGUGCAGAGCUGAGCGUGUUUGAGACGAACAUUCGGUUUGUGGGCGGCAUGCUGACCCUGUACGCCUUCACCGGUGAUCCGCUGUACAAGGAGAAAGCACAGCAUGUGGCCGACAAGCUGCUGCCUGCCUUCCAAACGCCCACGGGCAUACCCUAUGCCCUGGUCAACACAAAGUCCGGCGUGGCCAAGAACUAUGGCUGGGCAUCGGGCGGUAGCUCGAUCCUCUCGGAAUUUGGCACACUGCAUUUGGAGUUUGCCUAUCUGAGUGACAUUACCGGCAAUCCGUUGUACCGCGAACGCGUUCAGACCAUCCGCCAGGUGCUCAAGGAAAUCGAAAAGCCAAAGGGAUUGUAUCCCAAUUUUCUCAAUCCAAAGACGGGCAAAUGGGGACAACUUCACAUGUCGCUGGGCGCCUUGGGGGACAGCUACUACGAGUACUUGCUGAAGGCCUGGCUGCAGUCGGGACAAACGGACGAGGAGGCGCGCGAGAUGUAUGACGAGGCAAUGGUGGCGAUCAUGGAUAAAAUGGUGCGCACCAGCCCCAAUGGACUGACGUAUGUGUCCGAUCUCAAGUUUGAUCGUUUGGAGCAUAAAAUGGAUCAUUUGGCAUGCUUUUCAGGCGGCCUGUUUGCCCUAGGCGCUGCCACACGCCAAAACGAGCACCGGGACAAGUACAUGGAGGUGGGCAAGGGCAUUACAAACACUUGCCACGAGAGCUACAUACGAGCGCCGACACAACUGGGACCCGAAGCAUUCCGUUUCAGCGAUGCUGUGGAAGCGCGGGCCCUGCGGUCACAGGAAAAGUACUACAUACUGCGUCCGGAGACAUUUGAGAGCUACUUUGUGCUGUGGCGCCUCACGCACGAUCAGAAGUAUCGCGAUUGGGGCUGGGAGGCGGUGCUGGCACUGGAGAAGCAUUGCCGCACACCACAUGGCUAUUGCGGCCUGCGUAAUGUCUAUCAGCAGGAGCCACAGAAGGAUGAUGUGCAACAGAGCUUCUUCCUUGCCGAAACACUAAAGUAUCUGUACUUGCUGUUCUCGGAUGAUUCGGUACUGCCGCUGGACGAAUGGGUGUUCAACACGGAGGCGCAUCCGCUGCCCAUUAAGGGUGCCAAUCAGUACUAUCGUCAGGCGCCCGUUACGCUGCCCGUCUCGAAUGCCUCAUAAGAGACCCGACACUACUGGCAGCUGCUUCUCUUGUCUAUAGCAAUGCACUUUACUUAGCUCCUCAUAUGUACUAAAGCCAAAAGUGCAUAUAACCUCCUCUUUUUUUCUUCUUUUUUUUUGUUUUUUUUUUUAAGUUUUAAGCUAGUUUACAACGUAAUGACAACUACAACUGCAUAAGGCAACAAAAGAAA